GCGUCUUUGGCGCUGGCUGGCAGCCGUUAGUGACGGGAAAAGCGCCGAAGCCGCGACCGUGAGGCCUCGGUGACUUCCUCGGUGGUUCGCGGCGGUUGGAGACCGCGUGUUGGGCCGCUGGGCCCCGCAGGCUCGCUCGGAGGCGGCAGGCGAGCGCUUUCGGGGAGAGGGAGGGAAGCGGGGAAAGGAAAAUGGCGAACGCGGCCGAGGUAAACGCGGUGCCCGUCGGCGAUGUGGUGGUGGUGACGGCCGAGGCCACCACCCUGGAGGGCGACGGCUCGGAGGAGAACAAGACCCAAGUCAUCCUGCAACUGCAGCCGGUCCAGCACGGCAUGUGUGAAGACGGAGCUGAGUCGAAUUGCAAUGCUUCGGUUGUUACUGUGGAGGCUCACACUUUACAGAAGUUAGCAGAUGGAGAAGAUAUCUGCAAUGAAGAUGUUGAAAUUGCUUAUCCUAUUACUUGUGGGGAAAGCAAAGCCAUUCUAAUGUGGAAGAAGUUUGUUUGCCCGGGGAUUAAUGUGAAAUGCGUAAAGUUUAAUGAACAGCUCAUAAGCCCAAAGCAGUUUGUACAUCUUGCAGGGAAAUCUACACUGAAAGACUGGAAACGAGCAAUUAGAAUAGGUGGUAUAAUGUUGAGGAAGAUGAUGGAUUCUGGGCAGUUGGACUUUUUUCAGCAUGAUAAAGUUUGUACAAAUACCUGCCGAAGCACAAAGUUCGACCUCCUGAUCAGUAGCGCUCGGGCACCAGUUCCCAGCCAGCAGAGCAAUGUGAUACAAACUCCAACCACCAUAGAAGGUAAUGGGGCCCACAUUACGGUGUCUGAAGAGAACACUGAAGAGUGCAUUGAGUGGAGUCCAGCUUUGACCACAGUGGCAGUUACUACAGAGGAUCUAAACAGGAAAGAUGGUGAAGAAAUUUCAGAGGACACCUUGGCUUUCUGGAAAGGAAUAGCAGACGUGGGUUUGCUGGGGGAAGUUGUUACCAAUAUUCAGAAGGAGCUGAUGGAGAUGCUGGCUGGUGUUCAGCAGAGGAUGGGUCAAACUCCACUGCAGAUUACAGAUGCUGCAGUUCUGAACAACAUGGCACACACAUUUGGCCUUCUGGAGACUGUGAAGAAGGUCUUGGACAACAGGAAGAGUCAAACUGAUCAAAGCCAAGAACAGAUUCACAAUGAUCUUGCAGAACUGGAACGCCAGCUGGAGGAGCAGAGGAGACGAGCCAAGGAACAGAAACUGAAAAACCAAACAUUACAAAAUGUGGUGCUGAUGCCGAUCGCCACUCCCAAGCCCAACAAGCGCCCUCGACUCCAGAGACCUGCCUCAGCCAGCAUUCUGACCCCAACCACACCGCUUCAGCAACCCCAGUUCACUGUCAUAUCACCUAUUUCAAUCACGCCAAUGGGAGCAAACUUUUCUGUUGCCAAUGUCACAACCAUGCCCAUGUCCAUUGGCCAGCAAUCCAGCCCUGUCACUGUCCACACACUGUCAGGUGGGUCGCAGAUUUUCACCAGGUAUGCCUCCGUGGUCAGUGCGGCCAAGACAACUACCUCCGACACGGUCACCAUUCAUCCCGCCUCCAGCCUUGCCCUGCUGAGCACAGCCGCCAUCCAAGACAGCAACGCCAUCACAACAAUGGCUGGUGUGAGCAUGGGCCCCGUGGAGCUAGUCACAGUGGACUCUGGUCUGGCCUCUGUUGUUCAGAGCCAUAGUGUUGAUCAUUCAACAGCAGAAUCGCAGACUGUGAUUGAAAUUCAUCCUGGGCCAGAGAUGGACUCAGACCCAGAUGGUGUGGCAGAAGUAGAUUGUGAUGAUAAGACACCUGAAACGGACAACGAAACCCAAAUACAAGCCAUCGAAAUUGUGGCCCACGAGGAUCAGCAGGAUGAGGAAAAUUGAAAGAAGAAAAACAAACAUUUGAGCUAUAAAAGUAAUUGCUUGGCUGUAUCUGAAUGUACUGUUACCAAAACGUAGUUAUGUGUAAAAGGUAUGAAUUUUGACAUGAUUUUUUUAAAAGAAGGAAUGCAAUAUUAUGAUGCGUUCUUUGUGCUCUGUUCCAACCAUGGGUUAGAAUCCGCUCCAGUUUCCUUCAUUUUGUAUGCUGCCAUCAACCAAGUGUUUGGGUAGCAUGUAAUUAUCUCGCAUUGUUUCUCCCUUAUCAGAACAAUUUGUAAUGAAGAUGCAAUCUUUGCUUUCUUGAUGUAUUUGAAUGCAAAAUUAGUACCAGACCCAUACACUUAAAAUUUCUCACCACAACUACCACUGGCAACUGUUAAGCUAAGUGAGUUGAUUCAGUUUUAACCAUGCCUAGUCUGAGCAUGGCAUCAAAAUUUGAUUACCUGCAAGUGGUGGGGAUUGUUCCUACUUGAAGCAAAACUAAAGUUUGAAGGGCUAGUAGGAGUGGAUAAUAAAACCAGCUGAAGAAAAAUUGUAUCUGACAUUGGAUACUUGGAGAGAGGUUUGGAAAGCAAUGACAAUAGAUGUAACAGGUGAAAAAACAGCAACUCCAGAUGGUGCAAAACUGAUGUAAAAUGACGACAAAUUGCUGAAACACUCAGCAUUUUCAUAGCAUUUGCACAACAAUACAUGGGUCUGCAUCUUGAGGCUCUGCUUCAUGUUUUUUUUAAAGAAUCCACUUGAUGAAAUGUUGAUUCUUUUCAGAUGCUGCAGACCUUGCUGUUCACUGGUAUAUUUACUUGUAAUUCCUUUGCAUACCCUUGCCAAAAUUGAACAGGUUCCUAUUUGUGGAAGGGCAGCUUCAUUGUGUCUCCUUUUCAAUGAUGUUUUCAGAAGUUUCUUAAUGUGAGGCUGUAAUGUUUUAAUUUGCUUAUUAUGAAUCCACAAUAUGUACAUUUUUUUAAACUAAACCAACAAAAAAUGCGUAGCAUUCCUAUAUAACAAUUAAAUGCAUGUGACAGAAA